AGGUGACAGGAACUGGGAAUGGGGGUUGCACAUGGCACACCGAUAACCUCGACUGCAUAAAAGCAACGCCAUGACCCAGCCCAUACCUCUCGGCUCCGACGUUUUCCUGUCCGCCCUCUCCCACCAGUAACACCGUCCAGGAUGGCAGAUGAUGAUCUUGUCGUAGCUACUCAGCAUAGCGACCCUGUUUAUACCUCGGAGAAAAAGCUCUCUGAGAGCGUAGUCGGUGAUUCUCUUGACAACGACUUCGACAGCAUCCACGAUGGCUUGGAGUUCCCCACUGGGGAGGAGAUGCUCACUCUCAGACGUGUAUCUGACUCAAUUCCAUGGAACGCAUAUCUCAUUGCUGUCGUGGAGCUGGCGGAGCGAUUCUCUUACUAUGGCUCCAGUGUUGUUUUCACCAACUACAUUCAGCAACCCCUUCCUCCUGGCUCCCGUACGGGUGCAGGUGGUGCACUUGGCCAAUCAGGUGCCCUUGGCGCUGGUCAACAAAUGUCCACGGGCCUGACUACGUUCUAUCAAUUCUGGGCUUACAUCUGUCCAAUUGCCGGCGCCUAUAUCGCUGACACGUACUGGGGUCGUUACAAGACAAUCUGCUGGAGUGUCGUCAUUGCCAUGUUGGGCCAUGUCAUAAUGAUCAUCUCUUCAAUCCCUGGCAUCAUCGGCGGCCGUGCAUCACUCGGCAUUUUUAUUCUAUCCAUGAUUGUUACUAGCACCGGCACCGGUGGCUUCAAGUCAAAUGUCUCCCCUUUGGUUGCAGAGCAAUAUCGGAUAACAAAAUGUUACAUUGCUACGACUAGUUCGGGCGAGCGCGUCAUUGUUGACCCGGCCAUGACCACUACGAGAAUCUAUAUGUAUUUCUACCUUUUUAUCAAUAUUGGCGCUCUCAUUGGUCAGAUCGGAAUGGUUUAUGCUGAAAAGUAUGUUGGCUUCUGGCUGGCAUUCACAUUGCCCACUGUUGUUUUCUGUAUCUCCCCUAUCGUCCUUUGGUACGGUCGUUCUCGUUAUCGCAGAUCUCCGCCUCAAGGCUCCGUUCUUCCGGCCUCGCUCCGCAUUUGGCGGUAUGCCCAACGCGGACGAUGGUCGUGGAAUCCAUACACGACAAUCAAAAAUCUCACAGCCGAUGACUUCUGGGAAAGUGCCAAGCCCUCUAAGCAGGUUGGUGAGAAGCCGAAAUGGAUGACCUUUGACGACCAGUGGGUUGAUGAGGUCCGCCGUGGUUUCAAAGCUUGCGGCGUGUUCGUCUGGUUCCCGCUUUACUGGCUCUGCUACAAUCAACUUAACAAUAAUCUGAUUUCACAAGCUGCAACGAUGACCACUAACGGCCUACCUAACGACGUUUUGUCCAACCUCGAUCCCCUCGCUCUCAUCAUUUUCAUCCCGAUAUGUGAUUUGUUUAUCUACCCAGCACUCGCACGUGCCGGUAUCAAGUUCACUGCUCUGAAGAAAAUCACUUGGGGCUUCGGAACGGCAGCUGCAUCGAUGAUCUGGGCCGCCGUUGUGCAGUACUACAUUUAUAAGACAAACGAAUGCGGACACUACGCUGGAACCUGCGUGGACGCAGCCGGGCUCCCAAUUGUCUCCCCCCUGAACGUAUGGAUUCAGAGUGGCUCAUAUGUGCUGAUUGCCUUCUCUGAAAUUUUCGCAUCGAUCACGGGUCUCGAGUAUGCAUUCACAAAAGCACCGAGGAACAUGCGUAGUUUGGUCAUGUCUGUGUUCCUGUUCACGAGCGCGGCCUCGGCUGCCAUUGGCGAGGCGUUCGUCUCACUCUCACUGGAUCCUCUGCUCGUAUGGAACUAUGCCAUUAGUGCCAUCCUUGCAGGUGUUGGUGGCAUACUGUUCUGGAUCGUCGUUCGUAAGCUCGACAAGGAAGAGGAUAAUCUCAAUAAUCUUGCAGAUGGGCACUUUGGGAAGGAUAAGUGAUGUAAUGAGUUGAUACCUGUGAAGAUGUUUAUAUACCACACCUGGGUGUAUUUGGUUUCUGUUUACUUUUCACGCUUUAUGAUAAUUAAAUGAUAUCCUGGUACCGGUUUCGCUUCUGCGAUUAGCCUCUGCCUCUCAAUCGAGCGUACGAACC